CUAUUUAGGACGUCCACUCGUGGGACAGACAUGAUUGCGUGACUAUACACGCUUAAACGAAUGAUCAUUCGCUGAAACCCACUGGCACAAACAGGAAACCAUUUACAAGUAACUUAAAACGCUGUAACAAACUGAAACCUUCCUGUUAUAGUAGUGUAUGAAAAGUUGUAGCAAGCAAGAGCUUCCUUAUAUACUAUACUUCUUAUCCGCCAGUUUGGCAAGUUAUGUUAUUAGUCGUCGUAGUAUCAUUAUGUCUUACCAGAUUAUAAUAGCGAUUAUAUUACUCGCGCUGGCAUUUGCCGUUACUUUCUUAGGGAAUGUCUUACUUGCAGUCAUGGUUAUCAAGCUAAAACGACAGGAAGAACACAAGACAGCUGAUAGAAAGCGCCACUUUGAUGUACUCUUUGCUGCUCUUGCAGUUAGUGAUAUCCUUGGAUCUUGCCUGAUAUAUCCAAUCUUACUUCAUUUGUAUCAUCUGGCGUCGCAAGAGAAGAAAAUCUCGGGGCAUUUGUGCGACAUUUUGGGUUCUUCUGCUGUAUUCUACUUCUCCUUCGUUACUAUUUUAACUGUAACUAUGAGUUUUCAUAAUCUUUUCAGUGGUAUCUGGCCUUUUGCUUACUACGUUUACCUAAGAAAAAAGAAGAGCAAAUUACCCUUUCUGUGUGUUAGCGGAUCUCUGCUCGUUGCUCUCGUCUCACUGACUUUGUCUGCCAAAGGUUUUUCUUUCUUCAAUUUAACCUCUGACAAGUAUUUGGGAACAAUUCCCUGUGUGCCACAAGUAUCUUACAACAUUUUUUCAAAGAGUUACUUUUUCAUCAUUGCUCAUUUCUUCUUUUGGACUCACUUCGUUGUUUUUGUUGUCACGCUACGGAUAAACAUAAAUACCAAAAACACUCAAAUUGCAAAAUUUGGCCGAGUUACAAGCAAAACAGGAUGCCUUGGUUUGCCUUCUAGGGCUUGGUUCCAACUAUUGUUCAAAUUAAUAUACUUGAUAUGUUGGGCACCUUUCAUGGUUGCCAUGACGAUUGUCACAUGUUCAAGUUAUCACAUACCUACAGAUGUCCUCGUCACAGUUUGUUAUCUGUUGUUCCUACCAGGUUUGGUUGGACCUUUUGUCUGUUAUGUCACUCAUGAAGACUUGAGAGAUGUAUUCAACACAACAAUAAUCAGUAUUUUGUCAAGAAAACGUCCCCAUAACGAAGGAAAGAAUGUUAAAGACAUUGGAAUAAAUAACCUGAACUGCCAAAGUCAAGAAAGAGAAACUAAUAAACAGAGAGAACUACAAARCUUUUAGAAGUUGACGUAGCAAAUCUUGAGCCCUUUUGAAGGAGUAAAAUACGUACUUAAUAUUAUUAAUACUGAUGUCGUGAAAUCUUUUGGGAUAGUAGUCAAAAUUUGAAAUCAAUAUAAAUAAUGAUAACGUUUCAAAUUUUAGGGUUUUCUCUCAGUGCACUCAUAUCCCCCCUCAAAUACAUUGCCAUUUUUAAGUGAUAUUGUAAAAUUAAUGCAAUGUUAUUCAAAAUCAAUAAAAAUUAAGAUAAAUUUAA